GGGGAAGCUCGUUCCACCAUUGGGGUGCCAGGACAGAGAAGAGCCAAGAUAAAUAGACUGAUUCCCAUAUGCAAUGUGUUGUUAAUCUAAUCAAAUUGACAUGCCACAUUCUCACUCAUGUCCUUAUGUAUCAGGGAUGCCGAGGAUGCAGUCUAUGGGAGGAAUGGUUAUGGAUUUGGAGACUGCAAGCUUCGCGUUGAGCACCCUCGCUCUGCCUCCUCUAAAUUCAACGGUUCUAUGGGUGGUAGUGGUCGAGGGAAUGGGGAAGGAGGUCCCGGUGGUCCUAAAGGGAGGUUUGGGCCUCCUACUCGGAGAUCAGAGUUCAGAGUUAUUGUGACUGGUAAGUGGAUAAAGUCUGUGCUUUGUUUAUUCAGAGCUCAUCUCUUCCUUCCAUUUACAGCAGUAGGUUAGAUGUACCCUGGUAUUGUUGGGCGUUGCCUAUAAAGGCCAAACUGCUCAAUGGUUUGGUCUCUGUUCCCACAGGCCUGCCUCCGACUGGGAGCUGGCAAGACUUGAAAGAUCACAUGAGGGAGGCUGGAGAUGUUUGUUUCACAGAUGUUCAGCGGGAUGGGGAAGGGGUGGUGGAGUUCCUGCGCAGAGAGGACAUGGAGUAUGCCGUGCGGCGCCUGGACAGGACAGAGUUCAGAUCACACCAGGUAACUUAACACUCAGAUCCUCAGCUCUACAGUGUUUAAGAAAUAAUGCUUUUUCAGGACAUUCUCUGACAUGACGGACAUCUUUCAGGGGGAGACUUCAUCUAUCCGGGUCCAUGGAGAGAUGGGGGCCAGCAGAGGACGCUCGCGGUCCCGUUCCAGAUCCAGAUCCAGGGGACGGUACUCACCCGCUUAUCAAGGUCGCGGCUCUCCACCCCCUCGUUAUCAGUCGCCCCCUGCUCGCAGAUUGUCUCGCCAUAGCCCCCCUCCACGUCGUCCCCCUGCAGCACACCGUAGCCCACCAAGCCGCAGCCCACCCAGCCGCAGCCCACCCCCCCGUCACUACCGAUAGUCUACCUACAGGAGGGAGCCAAGACUGGUGAUUACUUUCUUUUGUGUUGCUUUUUGUUUAAGUCUGUCAUGUGCAUUCCACUAUGAGGACUGUCUCCAGAGGACUUUUUAAAUAGUGUAGACAGAGCAGAUGGGCAGAUCUGCAUUUGCCUCACAUUCUCAUUGAUUCAUUCUCAGACCUAGGAUAUGGCUGGUUAGGGAUAUGUGUGAAGGAGACUGCAUGCUAGAGGGUACAACAUAAUACAGCUCUUUUAUGUAGUGUUUUUUUAAAUCUUGUUUCUUUAAGAGCCUGUCUAGACUGCCCUGCCUUGUGGAUGGUUGCCUCGCAAAAGUGUGUAUGCUGGUCUCCAUUUUGUUCCUCUUAUUUUACGUGAGAAUGAAAUUAUUUGUAUGUCUCCUGCCCCCAUUCUCGAAAUAAUCUUUGUAUCUCAUAACAGCUUUGUAAAAAAACAAGUGUUAUUUUUUUCAAAUAAAGUGAGGACUCUUAGUAGAA